ACUUGUGGCCCAGAGAUAAGAGCAGCAGCAGCUCUUCCUACACUCCCGGGCAUCUGUAUAAGGAGACUCGGAAGAGUGAUGAAUCACGUGUUGAGUCGACAGGUGGGAGAUUUGAGAUGUUUUUGACGUACGACAAGAUAGUGAGGGUGUUGUUGUGUGGGUGUGUGAGUGUGGUGCCGGCCGCCCUGCUCCAGCUCCUGGGCCUCUGCUCCUGCUGCCUGGCCUUCCUGACGGCCUGGGCCGCCUCCGCCGCCAUCUACCUAGCACUGGCCAGCCUCAAGGUGGAGGUGACGGGGAAGGCUGUGCUGGUAACAGGCUGUGACACCGGCUUUGGUCACGCACUCGCCCUCCAUCUACAUAAACUGGGCUUCCGGGUGUUUGCCGGGUGCCUGCAGGACUCCAGCCAGGGAGCACAGAAGCUCCGGAAGGUGGGGUCCUCCCGCCUCCACGUCCUGCAGCUAGACAUCACCAACCAGGACCACCUGGCCAGGUCGCUGAAGGAGGUCAAGAGCGCUCUGUCGCCUACAGAGGUUCUGUGGGGCCUGGUGAACAACGCUGCCGUCGACACCUACGGCGCCAUUGAGUGGGUCACCCUGGACACCUACCGCAAGAUCUGCUCUGUUAAUAUCUUGGGGACCAUUGCGGUCACCAAGACCUUCCUGCCUCUCAUCAGACAGGCCAAAGGUCGUGUCGUGACUGUGGGCAGUGUGAGGGGUCGUGUGCCCUCCCCGCUCGGCUCCCCCUACGACAUCACCAAGUACGCCAUUGAGGCCUUCAACGACGACCUCAGGAACGAGAUGAGGAGAUUUGGUGUUGGUGUUUGUCUUAUUGAGCCUGGCAACUUUACGGCAGGCACCAACAUCUUACAGAAGGAGGCUGUUCUUCACUACGAGAGGCAGAUGUGGGAUGCUAUGGAUCAGGAGGUGAGGGAGGCUUAUGGUAAAGAUUACUACGACCAGACCACCGAGCUCCACCUCAAGGCUACAACUUCUGGGAACUCCGACAUAAGCGAAGUGAUUUACGCAAUGACGGAGGCGCUGACGCAGAGGCUGCCUCAGGGUCGCUACCAGCCCAUGGACCUCUACUUGUACCUGGUGCUCUUCCUCGCCCAGCACUUCCCUGAGUGGCUCUACGACCACAUCUUUAUCGAGUACCUCUUCAAGAAGGGCUGGUAACCUAUACUCGAGCAGGUCGAGUACUUCACCAUCCAGUGUGGACUCAUUACUCUGAAAGUCCUAGUCCGCUUGACCUAUAGCUCAGAGAGUAGGCUUCCUGAUCACAAUGUUGUCAUUCUAUUGACACGUAAAUUGAAAUACUUUAUUCAGUUUACACAAGUUUACAGUAAAUGUUUUACCUAUGAGACAGUCAUAAGAAUAACAUCUCACAAUUUUUGUAAUUAGAUACUGUAUACUUAGAAGUUACAUUUAUCAAAUAUUUUUAAAUUACAAUUGUCAAAUUUGGACUCUAAAAUUAUUUCAGUAACAAGUGAUGCAAAUGGCCACAGUAAUGUCUGAAGUGGUCUACAUCAGUAUAAGUCAAACCUCACAUUUUUGGCAUUACGUGAGUAACAUUUAGCUUUCAGUUUGAAAGGAGAUAUUUAUUAGUGUGUGUGUGUAUUCAUGGUCCGCCUCUCAACUGUCAAUCAACUCUUAUUAACUCCUAACUAUUUUUUCACACACACACACACACACACACGCACACAAUGAUAGAGCCCAGUAGGCUCAGGAAUCUGUACACCAGUUGAUUGACAGUUAAGAGGCGGGACCAAAGAGCCAAAGCUCAACCCCCGCAAGCACAAAUAGUACACAGUAGAGUACAAUAGAGUACACAGGAAGCAGCCCGUAACAGCUGUCUAACUCCCAGGUACCUAUUUACUGCUAGGUGACAGGAGCAUCAGGGUGAAAGAAACUCUGCCUAUUUGUCUCUACCUAGUCCGGGAUUCGAACCCAGGCCGCAGGAUUACGAGUCCUUGGGGUGUGAAUCAGUUUUUGUUGCAUCAGUUAAUGAGCACUAUAAAUAAAAUUAUUAAAAUUGA